ACUUGGAGCAACCACUGCCUUCCCUGGACUUUCGUUCGUGUACAGACUUGUUUGCGAAGCGCGCGACUGGUUUGCUGUGACGUUUGUGUAGGUGCCCCCCAUUCUGACUCUAUCCGGUGUCUGGGUGUUGCCUGCUAUAGUACCACCGCAGACCCCUGGCACCCACCAGGCAAUUGGGUUUUAAGUGUUGCUCUGGUUGGCCCUCACGGGUCGCACACGUUUGUUGGGACAAAGAAUCAACACAGGCCAAGCUCUGCGGUUAAUCAGGCUUCCCGUUCAAUAACUGAAUAGUCCAGCGCAUGCUAAUAUGUUGGCCGGCGCCUGCCAUUGAUUAGAUCCACAUUUUGACGCAAUACCCAAAACCUCGCGCAACGUGCUUUGAAUCAACACAAUGAAGUUCAACACCGUUGCUCUCACCUUGGCUACGGCCGGCUCGUUGGUGUCUGCUCAGCACAACCACCAGCACCGCCACCACCACAAGCGCACCCCCGACACCGAGGUCGUCACUGUUGCGGGUCCCACUGUGACCACCUACAUCCUCGACGGCAAGGUCAUCUCUCUCGAGGAGGUCUGCGCAGGCAUUGCCAGCAAGACCCUGCAGUGGGCCGGCGACGCUCCUCUUGACGCUUGCUCGAGCUCCACCACCUCCGCUUCUACAUCUGCUACUAGCGCGACCGCCACGCCCUCUCUCGAGGCCGCUGCCGAAUUCAUCGAGGUCGCUUCCGUCAAGCACUCGUCGAGCAGCACCAGCACCAGCUGGAGCAGCGCCUGGACCAGCAGUGCGUCCGUUUACGCCUCCUCCACCGCUUCCGCCACCAGCUCUUCCAGCUCCUCUACUGCCACCGGCAUCGAUGAGGACUUCCCCGAUGGCGAGCUCUCCUGCGACACUUUCCCCUCCGCGUACGGUGCCGUGGCUCUCGACUACCUUGGAAUCGGCGGUUGGUCUGGUAUCCAGUAUGUGACUAUCGUCGACGACGUCGUGGACACCAUUGUCACCGCUGUGACCGGCGACUACUGCACGGAUGGAGCCAUGUGCUCUUACGCCUGCCCCGCGGGCUACCAGAAGUCCCAGUGGCCCAGUGCUCAGGGCUCCACUGGACAGUCGGUUGGUGGUAUUGAGUGCAAGAACGGCAAGCUUUACCUCACCAACAGCGCCUUGUCGAAGAAGCUUUGCAUUGAGGGUACUGGAGGUGUUUACGCCAAGAACUCCCUAAGCGACUAUGUUGCCGUUUGUCGUACUGACUACCCUGGUACCGAAUCUGAGACUAUCCCUCUCGGCCUCGAGGCGGACAGCGACUCCCAGCCCCUGACUUGCCCCGAUGGCGACACCUACUACAAGUGGGAGGGAAAGACCACCUCCGCUCAGUACUACGUUAACCCCAAGGGUGUUUCCACCGAGACUGGUUGCCAGUGGGGUAACGGAAGCGAGGCUGUUGGCAACUGGGCUCCUAUCAACCUUGGUGUUGGUGCGGACGACGGUGUGUGGCUCUCUAUCUUCCAGAACAGCCCUACCACCACCGAGAAGCUUGACUUCAACGUUAAGAUCGAGGGUGACGACCUCAGCGGAAGCUGCAAGUACGAGGACGGUACCUUCUACUCCGAGUCCGGCUCCAACGACUCCGGAUGCACUGUCGAGGUUCUCUCCGGUGACGCCACCUAUGUCUUCUACUAAAGCAGUCGAUGACCCGGCCCAAUCAGCCGCCACUUGCUCGGGCUUGGGCAAGCCCGCUUUCCUGACCCUAGCAAGGGCGACUUGCAAAUAGAAGAACUUUUUACGCCUCUGUUCACCCUGUUCAUGAUUCUCUGGCCAGUGCGCUUGUUUUCUUCUGUGUAUCUUACUA